GGCUCAACUGCCUUUGUAAACUUGCUGAAAUAUUCCUGGAACAAAAUAUUGACAAUUUUUUGUAGGUCAUGUGAAACGACAGUCACAUGAUACCGCUACGAGAUUUGUUUUCUAGGACAUCCGUAUACAUUGUUUUUAGUGAAUUUGUAGUAUGGUAAAGUCUUUCACAUAAUCUUAGUACAUUUUUGAGUCCAUUUCACUCUUGCAAAGGUCUGAUUUUUCUAAGAACAUUGAUUUCAUAUAAGUUAGAAACGAGAUCUCGCAAGUAUUUCAAAAUGGUGAAUGCGGUUUCAAAAAUAUUUUACUCCGAUAACAUCUAUUAUAUAUGCAAAAGUAAACAGAUUCUGAACAUGAUCUGAAUCCUUAGAUGAUAAGUAAGACAAACAAGGGAUAAUUAUGGCAUCAAAUACACAGGAAACUCAAGAGUCAAAGUCAGGGGAAAAUGACAAUGUGUCUAAUAAAUCUAACAACUUUGACUCCAUCGCCAUUAGUGUAGAUGACACAAAAGACAGUAGCGAUGAUGUCACUGAUACAUCAAGUAUGUUGCGGAAGAAAAAACAGCGUCCAAAAUCUGAGAGUGUUUUAGGUGAUAACCGUGUCAAUAAACAGUCAACUCUUAAACGUGCAUCAGAUGGAAACUGCGAUGAAGAUGCCCUUAACGAGAGUUUAGAUUCAGCACGACGUAGGAUUGUAACUAUGACAGGGACCAUUACAAGAGGGAACCAGAUAGGACAGACAGUGGACGUUGAGCUGAAACUAUCACAAGAUGAGCUCAGGAAAUUAAACCAAAGUUUUGACAGUGAGGAUGAUGAUCCAAAUCCUGAUUGCGUUUGGGGGCCAAAAAAGGGACUUCAUAUUUUUCUAUUCACGUUAUUGGUCAUCCCUGUAGCACUUGUGUUAUCAUUUUGUGUGGCUUUCUAUAUGGGGAUCAUGAUGUGGUAUAACAUGUUCAUAUACUUCAGUGAAGAAAGAACAAUCUGGCAUAAGAUAUUCAUAUGUCCUUUACUUAUAUUAUUCUUGCCAUUUCUUAUUGUUCUAGUCUCACUUGGGAUAGGCUUAUAUGCCUGCAUUAUACAAAUCUCAUGGUGGUUCCGCAGCUGGAAGCGGGAAAUUCGUGACUACGAAAAGGGAUUUUAUGGUUGGAUCUGUAACAAGCUAGACAUUGCAGAAUGUUCGCCAUAUGAAGUUGUAAUCCUGGAUGAAUCUCAACUUGAUUUACAGACUCCUCUACAGCAAACUGAAGCUACUGCUCAAUCUGCAGUCUAACUGAAACUUGACUUCAUAAGCUUUAAUUUUUAGUAUUACAUACCUAUCAAAGCAUUUGUAUGGGAACGAAAAGUUGCGGUUAUAUAGGCCCAUGUAGCCGCUUUCAUUAUUACCAUGACAACAUCAUGACAUCAUUUUUCAUUUCUUCCAAAUUCUACUUGCACAGAGAAGUGCGACGUCUUUGAUACAAAGUAGCUAUGGAAAUGACUUAAAAUAUGCCCAAAUAUGGGGCCUCCCACGAUCAGGCUAUAUUGGCAAAACUCAGGCAUAUUUCAUGUCAGUGAUAAAACCUCUAAAUAUUGCCCAAUGAUCUCCUUGUUUUUCCUUAAUCUCGACAAAGUGCAAACUAUUUUGGUCAAAGUAUGUCAGUAAAGUGGAAACUGCAAACAGCAGGGUGGCAAGCUAAAGUAUCAAGGGGAUGAAGCACCAUUGCUUGGGAAACAAUUGUUUUCUUUGCAUGAAUAGUGGUACACAAUACUCAUUUUUAUUAAUAUGAAUUAUCAAGAUAUUAUGAAUGGGUCCAAUGUAUUAAAAGUACACUGUACUUCACACUCAAGUAAUGUUCCUGCUUGCUCCAUUUAUAUUUGCUGCACAUUUGUAUUUUGUAUGUAUUCUUAAAACAUGAACAUAUAAACAUUGGUGCUUUAAAGUUCAACUUAGUUGCCUUGUAUGUAUUUUAAAUAUAGUAUGUAAA